GAAAACACGGAUGUGACGUAAUUUUCGCUGGUUUUGUGAAAACAUAGCACGAAGGGGAACACUGUUUGUUUGAGGUAGAAUGUCAGAAACUAAUAGAUAAAUUGCGUUUCUGAAACCCUGAAGACUUCAUAUUGCUGGGAAGAUGGCUGAUCCGAAUGUGAUGGCAGGCGGAUCCCUUAAUUCAGGAUCGCGUUCAGGUGGAAGCAAGACGGCAACCAGUCCGGCGGAGAAUUACAUCCUGGCGCGGCGCCGCACCCUCCAGGUGGUGGUCAGCUCCCUUCUGACGGAGUGCGGCUACGAGAGCGCCGAGAAGGCUGCUGUGGAGUCCCUAACCGAAAUGAUGCAAAGCUACAUCACAGAAAUUGGCCGCUGUGCCAAGACCUACUGCGAGCACACAGCCAGAAGCACACCAACACUCCCGGAUGUGGUGCUCACCCUCGUAGAAAUGGGCUUCAAUGUGGACACGCUUCCAGUCUAUGCCAAACGAUCACAGAGAAUGGUCAUCACUGCUCCUCCCGUGACAAAUCCACCUGUGAUUCCCAAGGCGCUCAGUGCUGGACAGAAGCGCACGCAUCCUACCCACAUUCCGAGCCAUUUCCCAGAAUUCCCAGAUCCUCACACGUAUAUCAAGACUCCGACCUUCCGGGAGCCCGUGUGUGAGUAUCAGGUUGUGCGGGAGAAGGCGGCCUCGCAGCGCAGAGACGUGGAACGGGCACUGACCAGAUUCAUGGCCAAGACAGGGCAGACGGAGAGUCUCUUCAAGGACGACGUCACAGCAUUCCCAUUGAUUGCUGCUCGGCCCACUUCCAUCCCGUACCUGAAUGCCCUUCUUCCAUCCGAGCUGGAGCUCCAGUCUCUGGAGGAAACAGACUCUUCAGAACAGGACGACCAGACUGACAGCGACAACAACCACGGCAAUGUCAUCAAUGAUGAUGGCGGGGCAGAUAAAGAGAACUCGGGACUGCCAUCUGGUGGCUCAAUGCCGUCAGUGAAGGCCCCCGAGGAAGGGAUCGACAAUCCCUACCUACGGCCCGUCAAGAAACCCAAAGUGAGGCGGAAGAAGUGAGCAAGGAAAUGGACUCAAAUGACUUUUUGCAGACUUGUUUCACGGCAGACAAGGUGUUUACACAUUUAUUUUUCAUGCCUGCUUCCUGACUCGGAACUGUGAGAACUUGUGUCCUCAGUGCAAGCUAUGGAAUUGACCGUAGAGGAAAGAGUUGAGGCAACCCCAUGAUCUGCUGUGCAACUUGCUCUAAAGUCAAAGGUUUUUACUCCUCCAUCAUGACUGAUAAACUGGAAGAGGACCGCUUCUUUUUUUAAAACUAUAUAUAAUAUUAUUAUUCUAAGUGUUAAGAUUAUUUGUUUCUUUCUUUUCAUUUGCCCACCUCAAGUGUUUUUAAUAUGAAGUGGGUAAUAAAUAGACUCUUCCUGAAUUUUCUUUAUUUGUAGUUUUGUAUGUGGGAGUAAGGUGUUAAUAUUUGUAGAUAUAAUCUUACAUCAUCUGCCUGGUUACCACCAGACCUAAUCACAAAUGAGAUGUCUUUCAGAUCGGAACGAAUGUGCAAGACUGAAUGGGAUUUCCCAGGUUAUUACAUCGUAGCUCCUCAGUGUGUAAAAAAAUACAUGCGAAAA